GUAGCACACAGUGCCCUCAAUGCAUAACACUGAGGCUGUCUGUAUGUCUGUUCUCAUGUAAUUCAGCAGAAGAAUCACAUCUGAGCACUGGUUGUGCAUCAGACGGGGUGAAAUCGGUGUAUAUAUACCGGUCAUCUACCGCGCUCUGGAAGCGUCUCUGCAUGGAACAACGUCCACACGCUACAGUCAUGCUGGAAACAGUUCGCUAUUGUGGAUUUGCAAGAUUGGAGGAAUGAUGAAUGAAUAAAAACAGCGACGUGGAUAAUCGACUAACGCUGUGUAUUAAACCGACAGCAGUUCUCUUGAAUAAUCUGUCAAUAACAAGCGUUCAAGACGGACGGCGUUCAGGAGCACAGAGGAAGAAACCGCGCGAACAUGAGGGAGAGGGACUUUAUGCCAAACAUGGAACGGGGCAAACCGGCCACAUAUACAGGAGAUAAAAAAGCUAAAAUGGCUGCUAAAACCAAUAAAAAGUGGGUGAGACUGGCUACUGUAUUCGCAUAUGUCUUGUCGGUGUCUUUGGCUGCUAUAAUACUGGCAAUCUAUUACAGUUUGAUAUGGAAACCAACGUCUGGAUCUGUGUCUGGACGGUCAGAUGUUUUGGUGACGGCGGCAGUUAUGCCUAUAAACACAAAUAACAUCACAACAAGUGAUGUACCAACCACCAACAAGAUGAAUAAUACACCAGCGGUCAGCCUGAGAUCAACACAGAUCCCCACAUAUGCCCACCCCACUUCUUCACACAGACAACAGCACUGGGGUGAUGACAAAGGUCAUGACGGCCUUUCCAAAAUCCCCACAACAAAAACAAAGAACACUGACCAAACAGGAACAUUUGAUUCGACACACAUUAACCCAGGACGUUUCAGUACAGCAGAAGUUAGCCGUGUAUCGGAAACUAGUAUUCUUGUAGCAGGUGCGUCAAGGGAACCCUCUUUGGUCCAUGGAGCCACAUCCUCUACUAAACCAAACAUCUACAGCAGUUCUGGGGUCGGUGCCACUGAGAAUCAGCCAAACAUGUGGGAUUCAGCCUCUGACACACCUGACCAAGCAUCUUGGACAAGCUACAGUGCAAGACCUGACGUCUCCUCUUUGACAGAACGUGGUCUGGAAUUAAUGGAGGGCUCGUCUCCGUUGCAAGAGGAGUUGGUUACCAAGGACACCGAGAAUGCAGCAAGUGGAGUGUGACACCAGAUUAUUUGUGUGGCACGUAAUUACAUGACAUUAACUGUGAUGACUGUGCAGUGAAAGAAAUAACUGCGAACGUUUGAAAAGAAGUCAUGCGAUUUAUACUGAUUUUGUUUCUAUUUAAAGGAGAGAAACUGUGCUGACCGACCUGCUUUGAAUAGCUCAUCUAAAGGUUGUUACGUUGAAGAGUGCAAUAGUUGGGUUCCGAAAAUAAAAAUCCCAUUCAUUUUCUUCACUAAGGGAAUUAAUUUUGAACGAUAACUUAUAAGCCUUUAAAGACGGACAUACUGUAAGCUACAAUGUUGUUUAUUGAUUGUAAAUGCUUUUAUUGAAGCAUUGGCAAUUGUAGUUAAAAUAAUAAUUGCAUUUAUUCCUGGUGUAAAACUACAUUACCCAUGAUUCUGAAGAGAAAUUACUAAUCAGAAAAUCUCAACAAGCAAAUUU